CAGGAGGGUAGGCCCCAUCACUCGGGGCCUUACCGCAGUCUGAGCGAACGCGGUUACUCCUCUUCCUCGUACUCGUCGUCUCAAUACGGCUCGUACUCGGGCUACAGCAACGUCCUGGCGGGCGGGGAUCAGUACCAGCCGUAUCAGCAGCAGUCCGGUGGCAAUUACUACCAGCAGCUGCAGGGCGGCUACUAUUCACCGCAGAAUUCCGGACCACCUUUCCCAGGUGUGCAGAGAUACGGUAGUCUGGCUGAAGAGGCAUGGUCGUCGUGCUCCACCAAAGGAGACGUUCCGGUGGGAGUCUCGAAGACUAAUCAUAGGACUUACUUAGCUUAGCUUUCUGUCGCAACAUUGAAGAUUUUUUCAGCUGAUGUUCAAGAUUAACACCACCAUGUGCACGACGGUGCCAAUGUUGUAUUCUCAAAACUAAAAUAUGUAUCCCUUUUUUAGAUUGAUUUUAUAUUUUAUAUUCUUUGUUACGUUGUUGCGAACAAUAAUUCAGUGAAUAUAUUUAUGGCAAAAAAAAAUCGCAAGAAUGUCAUGCUACGCGCUUAUCGGAGCCAGAUGUUGAUCAGUGUGAUUUUUCAUAUUUCAAAUGUGGCUCGCUAUAUCAGAAACUGUACCUUACAUGAUUUAAAGAGAUUAUUAUCAACAAGAAUAUAUUGCUAAAUCUAAGAUCCCGAGCUUCUGAUAUACUUCAUAUUUCAACAUAUAAGAACGUUAUCGAAAGGUGACCUGAUUGAAUUUAUAAUUAAUUUGAUAUAAUGAUAAGAGGAUUGAUGGCGAUCUCGAUAAUCCUUGGAUAAUCAUUAUCAUUACAGUAAACAUAAUUACACUUGUUACAUAAUAACGAUAAUAAACGAUACGUUAGCUGGACAAAAUAUGGAUACGAAAAUACAGUUUCGGGCACGUUACGAUACAAUUAUAUCUAAAGUUCUAAUGAAUGAGUAAAUGUUGAUGUCAGUUAUUUCAGAGUUAUUCUUCAUUACAAGGUAAUUAUACGUCGUACAAAUACUAGGCAGCAUAUCGUGAUGUUAAGAGGCAUAAAAGAGUCUGACCAAGUUUUAUGAACACAUCGAGCUAUCAACCGAUAUACGUAUAUCCAAUAGAAAUAAGUAAGGUGUAAAAGAAUAUAAUUAUAAUCACAGAUAAGAUUAUAAAUAAGCGAACUAAUAAUGAAAAUUUUUAGUUCAAUCGAUGUGUAUACUACGGUGACAAUAUCUCACACAAACGGUAUAAUUUUUUAUUAUUAUUGCGAA